AUGACUGUCUCUGAAGACCCCUACCUCACCAGCCUCAAGGCCGACGGCUUCGUCGUUGUCCGCAACGUCGUCAGCGGCGACGCGCUCAAGGCCCUCCAGGAAGCUGCCAUCCGUACCGCCAACAAAGCCCGCGCUGGCGACUGGCCGUACGUGCGCACCGUCGGCAAGCAGUUCCCGCCCUGGGACCGGUGGGACCGGGCAGCGGCCGAAAAAGCCAAGGCGAGCAACGGCGUCGACCAGCCGGGCAUCUGGGGCGUGCAGCACCUGAUGCGCCCCGAGAUGGGCGCCCAGGACGCCGGCAUCUUUACGCAGUCGUACUUUGCGCAGGACGGCGUGCUCGACGUGGCGAAGCGCGUGCUGGCGUGCAGCGACGACGACCUGGUCAUGGAGCUGUACAACAUGCUGGUGCGGCCCGACUACAAGGACUAUGAGCUGCGGUGGCACCGGGACGACAUUGGCCCGGACGCGACGCCGGCCGAGGAGAUGGAGCGGCUGCAGGCGCCCGCGUUCCAUGCGCAGUGGAACUUGGCGCUGUGGGACGACGCCAGCCUCAUUGUGGUGCCCGGGUCCCACAAGCGGGCGCGCACCGAGGGCGAGCGCGCGGCCGAUCCGUACCAGGCGACGCUGCCGUGCGACGAGGCGGCAGGCCACCGUCCCCAGCUCACCGUGCAGCUGGGCCCGGGCGACGCCGUGUUCUACAACAACAACAUUCUGCACCGGGGCGUGUACCAGACGGCUGUGGAGCGGACGACGCUGCACGGGUCGGUAGGCCAUGUGGGCGGCAACGCACUGCGGGCUCGCAACGUGCUGCAGCACGGCGUGGGCGACUGGGUGGAGCGGUGCGACUUCAGCGUGCUGACGGAGACGGAGCGGGUGCGGGCUGAGGGCAUGCGUGCGCGGCUGAUCAAGAUGGGCCGCGAGAGUGGUCCGGUCGGGUACUCAUUGAAGGAUUAG